CUGACCAAGCCCACCCCCUAUGCAAGUUAUCCUCUAACCAUGUGUGGACGAUAUGCCCUAGGUCUACAGCGUGCCGAAAUACGCGCUUUACCUGGAUACCCCAAUCUCGAAAUUGGUGAAUGGGUAAACGAAGACAAUUUCGUGCCCCGCUAUAACAUUGCGCCAAACUCUCAAGCGCCUGUCAUUCGCAGGCGUAAUGCUUCUUCACCCGACCUUCAAAUGCAGACCAUGCGGUGGGGCAUCCCUUAUGGUAAGAUUCAUGCAAAAGGUCAACAAGCCAUCAAUGCACGCUCGGAAAACAUCAUGGAAAGUGCAGGGAUGUGGAACAAAUACAGAAGCGGUAAUCGCUGUGUCGUUGUUAGCCAGGGGUACUACGAGUGGCAGACAAAAGGCAAGGCCAAGCUUCCACACUUUACGAAAAAUGCCGAUGGGAAGGUGAUGCUCAUGGCUGGACUUUAUCACGUUUCAGAGGAAACAAUUCCAAACUACGUUUUUGCUAUAAUUACAACGAGCGCCAGCACAUCACUUAGUUGGCUGCACGACCGCCAACCUGUCAUUCUUACAUCCGACGCCGAUGUCACUAAGUGGCUUGAUACCAGCUCGAAUGCUUGGUCCGCCGAACUUGGUAAACUGUUACGACCGGCUGAAGGUCUAAUUUGCUAUCAAGUUCCAAAGGAAGUUGGAAAAGUUGGUGCCGAAUCUCCCGCCUUUGUCCAGCCCGUUGCAACACGCAAAGACGGAGGGAAGGGAAAUAAGGAAGGCAUCAAGCGCAAGCGUAGUCCAUCUCCAGUCAUACCAUCAAUGCAAUCUGAGCCAGUCGGGAAGGUGAAUAAGAGUCCUAAGAUAGAGUGCAAAAAGUUUAAAAUUGAAUAACUUGUUGCGAGUAUACCGCGACCUAUGUACUAUCAUCACAUCCUAUUUGUGGUUCGCAUGCAGCGCAGAUUUGUAGUCGUACAUAUGUCAUAAUUCUAACCCCGCAGAAGUUGCUUGUCAC